AUGGCGACCUCUUCCUCAUCGUCGGUUCCAUUCUUUGGGAUGAGUAGGGAGGAAGUGGAUGAGCAGAUGAAGCAACAAGCCGCCGCCGCGAUUGGAGUUGGAGUUGGACUUGGAGUGGGAGGAGGAUUGCAUAAUCAUCAUCAUCAUCCACAUCACCACCUCCACCACCAACUCCUCCAGCAUUCGUCUUCCCUUUUGAGCAAUUCUCAGCUCACCACCGCCGGAGCACAGCAGCAGGCGCCUCCGCUGUCUGCCGCAAGCUCAGCCACCGGUUCUGGUCCUCCUCAGCCCAAGAAGAAGCGAAACCAACCUGGAACUCCAAAUCCAGACGCGGAGGUGAUCGCGCUGUCGCCCAAGACCCUAAUGGCGACCAACCGGUUCAUCUGCGAGGUCUGCAACAAAGGGUUCCAGCGCGAGCAGAACCUGCAGCUCCACAGGCGAGGCCACAACCUGCCCUGGAAGCUGAAACAGAAGAGCAAAACCGAAGUACCCAAGCGCAAGGUGUACCUCUGCCCCGAACCCACGUGCGUCCACCACGAGGCCUCGAGGGCGCUGGGGGACCUCACGGGGAUCAAGAAGCACUACUCGAGGAAGCACGGCGAGAAGAAGUGGAAGUGCGACAAGUGCGCCAAGAGGUACGCCGUCCAGUCCGACUGGAAGGCGCACUCCAAGACCUGCGGCACCAGGGAGUACCGAUGCGACUGUGGCACCCUCUUCUCCAGGCGGGACAGUUUCAUCACCCACAGGGCUUUCUGCGACGCACUAGCUCAGGAGAGCGCCAGAAACCCACCGCCCUCCCUCUCCUCCCUCGGCUCCCACCUCUUCGCCGGCGCCGGCGGAGCAGCCAACAACAUGACCCUAGGCAUCUCCUCCACCGCUCAUUCCUCCGCCGCAGCCGACAUCCUCCGCCUCGGCGGAUCCACCACUGGCGGAGCCGGACAGUUCGACCACCUCCUCCCUCCUUCGACGACCACGACAACAACCUCGCAGCAGUUCCGAAACCAGCCCCACUUGUCGCCUUCCUCCGCCGCUUUCUUCAUGCAACAACAAGAUCAGAACAACAGCUACCAGCCAUUCCACCAUACCCUAAUGCAGCAGCAGCAGCAGUUUUCCUCCGAUCCUAACAACGCGGCCGGUGGCGGCGCAGCCGCCAACCAACUCUUCAACCUAGGGUUCUUCCCCAACUCCUCCACCGCCGGCAUCGACAGCACCACCAGCACCAACAACAACAACAACAACGCUACCCUCUUCACCAAUCAUAACAACAACAACCACAGCGGCGGCGGCGACGAUCAUCAUCAUCAUCAUCACCAGAUGAUGAUGGGAUCAUCCACCGGCGGCAGCGUCCCUCUCUUCAGCUCCUCCUCCGUCCACCAGCAGCAAAUGAACAACAUGGUGGCCCACAUGUCGGCCACGGCGCUGCUCCAGAAGGCGGCGCAGAUGGGCUCCACCACCAACUCCAACCCCAACGCCACCACCAGCGCCUCACUUCUCAGAAGCGCAUUCGCCGCCGGCCCCAACCACAACAACCAAAAAUCAUCAUCGUCGUCAUCAGGCGAAAAGCAGCAUCACCCCCCACCGCCGAGCCUCGGAAGCUUCGGUGGCUCGUUCUUCGGCGACGUGGACACGAACAACAGCAACAACAACCUCCACGACCUCAUGAUGAACUCCUUCGCAGCCGCCGCCGGGAACAACAACAACAACAACAACAACUCGCCGUCUAUGUUCAACAUGGAGGAAGGGAACCACAACCAGAGCAGCGGCAACAACAACAACAACAACAACAAUAACGGUGGCAGUAGUAGUAACAACAAGAAGUUGACGAGGGAUUUCCUUGGAGUUGGACACGUGGCGGCGGUCAGAGGCAUCGCCGGCGGCACCACUACCAGCAAUAUCUCUCAGAAUCAGCAGCAGCAGGUAGGGGCGGCGUUGGAGAGAAGCUCGUCGUUGGAUUCGGAGAGGAACAAUAACAACAGCAUGGGGAGUCACUCUUCUUUCGGGGGAAACCCUAGCUUCCAAUGA